CUUUCCUUCUCUCAGCGACGACGGCAACUCCGAAGAUCCCUCUCGCAGUACCAUCCAGGAGAAGUGGUAUUAUAAUUCAGGUGAGAUGUACUAUAUUCCAAAUUGUGGCACUCGAGUUCAGGCUCACUAGCUUCAAGUUGCAAGAGCAAUGUACCAGAAGGUUGAAGAAAACUGAGGCAGAUGGACCUAACACUAGGUUCUCAUCGCCACUAACUGGUCAUCCUUCUCCUACAUAGGCAUAGUAGUGAAGUCUGAGAAUGCAAGGAUUUUCUGGGUCCGAGACUGCAAAAUCCUACUCGGUUGAGUUCAGAAUUGGACAGCGGAUCCACUCGGUUGGAGACACACGUCGAAUCGGCACAGUGAAAUACAUAGGGCCCGUGGAAGGCUAUUCAGGGACCUGGGUCGGCAUUGAUUGGGACAAUGAGGAUGGCAAGCAUGAUGGGUCCAUCAAUGGGGUUUUUUAUUUCCAAGCCAAAUCUUCCAAAUCGGCGUCGUUUGUUCGCCCCCAUAACUUGAGCUCCGGCAUUUCUCUGUUAAAAGCUCUUGAAAUCAGAUAUCGAACCACUUCCACCAAAGAAGAAGAAGAUGAAAUGUAUGUUCUUUCUGCAAGCAAUAAACGUGUAGCAGUCCAGCUUUUGGGCAAAGAUAAAAUUCAAGACAAGCUGAGUCGCUUUGAGGAGUUGACAAGUGUAUCCCUAUCUUACUUAGGGGUUAGCUGUUCUGGAGUUUCGGGACAAAUUAGUAUGUAUGUACCAGUUGCCAUUAAAUUUGGGUUGCUGUUAAACCAUAAAUGCCGUGCAGAUCUAAAGGAGCUCGAUUUGACUGGAAAUCUGCUUUCGGACUGGAAAUCGAUGAAUCAUCUUACAGCUAGAAGAGUAGAAUUCAGGAUUGAAAGCAAAAGAUUUAGGGUAGAAAGAUUUGAGAAUCAAAGAAGCUUAGGCCUUCGAAUCAUGGGUAGAAGCUGUAAGGCCUUUUUUGAUAUUCUGAUUCUUGGGAAUGUGGAGAUUAGAAAUAGCAGAGGAAUUUUUUACAUUUCUAAAAAGUCUUCGAAUGGCAGGCUUAAUUGCUUGAUGAUUCCUAGAGGCUCUGCUGGAUGGGGAUGGAUAAGACUGGGAGAAGUGAUUUUGGAAAAUUCUAUGAGAUAUAGAGAUUAUAAUGUUUACUUGGAGGCUAGCAGAAAUAGGGCAAUGAUGGAAACCAAAAAUGGGGGAGCCUUUACAGCCAAAAAAAGGGAACUCUGGAAGAGUUCAGAACUGAGAGAGAUUGAAGGAAGCUUCUGGCGAAUAUCAAAAGGUAAUCCUUGA